AGACCGGAAGUAGACGCCAGAUCACUGAUUACCUCUGCAAGAGCGCGUCGGCCAGAGAUCCAUAUUCAGACAUGCAAUGGGGAAAUAUAUGCCUGAAAUUCAUCUUUUAUUUGACAUUUUUAGGAACUGUGGUUUAUUCCAAAGCAAAAGUGGGCCCGAGAGUAACGGAUAAGGUAUUCUUUGACAUCACCGUAGGAGGACAUGAGGUUGGCAGGAUUGUGAUUGGGCUUUUCGGAGAGGUUGUUCCUCAGACUGUGAAGAACUUUGUUGCUCUCGCCUCUGGAGAGAAAGGAUAUGGUUACAAAGGAAGUAAGUUUCAUCGUGUCAUCAAGGACUUUAUGAUUCAAGGAGGGGACUUCACAGCUGGAGAUGGAACAGGAGGUAAAAGCAUCUAUGGAAAGACAUUUGCAGAUGAAAACUUUAAGCUAAAGCACCUGGGUACAGGUUGGGUCAGCAUGGCUAAUGCUGGCCCAGACACCAAUGGCUCACAGUUCUUCAUCACAUUAGCACGGGCUCCCUGGCUAGAUGGCAAGCAUGUCGUCUUCGGCAAGGUCUUGGAUGGAAUGACUGUUGUUCACACCAUUGAGCUCCAGGACACAAACGACAGAAAUAUGCCCUAUACAGAGUGUGUUAUAGUGAACAGUGGGAAGAUCGAAGUCAAAACACCAUUUGUUGUAGAAGUGGAGGGUUGGUAGUUUCACACAGAUUACAGCUUUCUGGAACUUCCCUUCCCCAGCUUUCUGGACUUUCUGGAAUUUCCCUUCCUUCAUCCUGUGAAUGGUCAUUGGAAUGGCUAAAACAUAUCAUUUAGUUAAAUAAUUAUAAUUAUUCAGGGAGACACAACAUGCCACUUACAUUCACUCAUGUGCAAAAUAUGUAUCUACUUGAUUGCCAAAAUUCGUGUACUCCCAAAAAUGAUUCACUAAGUGUUCAAAUGUAGUAUUUAUUUGUGUAUUAUAGAAAACGAAUUUCUAUAAUAUAAUAUUCUCUCCUUAUUUGGGUUAAAUAAUUCAGGAGUUCUGGUGCCAAAAACAAAUAUACUUGAACAAAUUGUGUAAAAGAAUUGAUUACAUUUUUUAGAUGGAAUUGAAAUUUGGAAAAUGUAAAACGUUGACUUUUUAUUUUCAAGUAUUUUAAAGAAAACAGAAUAAAGGUUAGUAAAACAGCCUGAAUAGUUGGUGCAGUAUUUUAUUGUUUUUUCUUGUACGAAAUCUUCAUACUCUGUUUUUAUGCAUUUUACUUUUUUUGCAUUUCAUGUUCAAGCAUAUUUAUCUUUUUCAUAUUAAAUUAUUUUAUUAAAUUAUAAAACAAACUUCUUUAAUUUUAAAAGUGAGUGAUUCAUUUAAAUGCCUGUAAUAAACUCUUUUACCCUACACUUGACUUCUUUCACUGACUGUUAUGCAUAUGAUGUUAACAUUUUAACAGUAUUUUAGAAAUCAGGCAUAAUUUAAAAUAUGCAUUUUGUCACUAAUGUUCUAACAGUAUUGCUAAGAGGAAAGGGAAUAUUUUGUCACUAAUAUUACUCUUUAAGUUAAAUUUGAUUAAAAACUGCUAUGGAGUACAA